AGAACGUCAAGGCGGCAGUUUUCCCAUCUCCAUUUGCAUAUUUUGUUGUGUUUUCAACGAUUUCGAGAAAAAUUUCGCUACGGAUAUUCUUCUAGACUCUAGUAGAGUAUAUUUCAAUUGUUGUCUUGUGUGGCUAUGUUAUCUUUACUCGGGCCCGAUCAAUUUAUCACCAAUCAGUAAAGUUUAGAACAACAAUACCAUUUUACACACUGACACACCCUUGUAUAGGAAUGGCCAGAAAAGUGAUUUUAAAGAUAGCAGUAGCGGCUCUUCUUCCUUCUUCUCUAACGUGAUUGACUUGCAUGUCAAAUGUCAGCUUGCUUUUGUUUUUUGACUGCGUUGAAGCGUUGAUGAAAGGAGUCUUGGGUCCGGCUUUUGUUUACUUUUGCGAGUUUCCAACUGAAGGAAAGCGUGAAAAAGAAACAAAAACAGUUAUAAAGUCUCCUUUUUGAUCUACUUGAAGUGAAUAAUACCAUCAUUGAAUAAACACAGUGCACGUGGGAGAACGAAGCUAGGGUAACAAAAUGGAUCGAUCUAGGUCCAAAAGCGAAAUUUUAGAGAAUGAUAAAUUCAAUUUGGAUUUGAACAUAGAAGACGACAUAAAACUUGAGGAGGUAAACUACGAGAGUGAUGUUACUACCAGCAGCUCAGACACAUCCAAUGUCCCAAGCAUCAGCUCUGCCAGUUCUAAAAGUUCUGGAAAGGGAAAAUACAGUUCCCCGAGAAAGAGAUUGAGAUCCAAGGAUAAAAGUAGUUCACCUGUUCCGAAAAGAGCAAGGUCCAAGGAAGUUCGAGCAAAAUAUGAUUACAUUACUAAACUCAACUAUCUUUUCCGUGAUGCCAGGUUCUUUGUGAUUAAAUCAAAUAAUGCUGAGAAUAUAACCCUUUCCAAGGCCAAAGGUUUGUACCGGAAUUAUAACUGGACUUUUUAUCCUACCUGAAUGGACUCAUAUCAAUGUGUUGUUUGUGCUAUAGACAAUUUGUUAAAAAAAAGUGAAUUUCAUGUGGGGGCUGGACUCUUCCUUAUUCACGAUGAAAAAAUGGAUUUUCUCUUCUUUUACAUGUUUCAGUGCUAUAGGGAUCUAUGAAAAAUAGUUGUUUUUGUGCUGGAUGAACAUUAAAAAAUAGGAAAUACAAUGGGCUAUACCAUUUUUUUUUUGGGACUAUCUCAAUCAGAUUCAUGUUUUUUUGGACUAAGGACUGAAAAAGUGUUCAAGUGGUAAAAGUUGAAAAGUUUGCUACAUAAAUGUAUGUAAAUUAACUAGGUCUUCAAUAUUUAUGUUGGAUAAUAUGGCAUCAUCCAUAAAACACAAUUUCGCUGAACUAAUCUGUAACAUUUCUAUAAUUUUGUAAUAUUCUUAAUUGCAUACAAUACCUACAUAAUUUCUCUAUAAAUGUACAAAAAAAUAAAAGAGAUUUUUUAUAUAAAUUCAAUCAUGCUUUUUAUGGGUGAUACCAUAAUUUUUAAAAUUGUUAUAUUUUAUUUUUACAACUUGAUAUUGUUAAAUGUCCUAAAGAACUGAAUGAAACUUGUAUAUUUCGUCAACAAACUUCCUAAAACUUCAUCAUUUGUUAGGAUAUUGAAGGUAAGAAUAUUGUUUGUAGUAGUAAAACUAUAUUUUAAAUUUAUGAUAUGGGUUAUGUUGAAAGGAGAAUAUGAAACAAACACAUUGCAAAUCACACUUCCUUUUCACACAUAAUAUUUAUAAAGCUAAUGCACCUACUACCUAACAAACAGUGGUUAAUUCCUCACUACUGUUUUGCUGUAAUAACACAAACCUACAAAGUAUAUGUUUUUGCAGAAAUUAUUAGUUUUUGACUAGAACAGAAAAUAUUCUCUCCAGGUAAGAUCUCCAGAGAGGAUCUACAAGUUCUUGCUUUUUAGGAAGUAUUGAUCUUUUUCUCAUUUCCCUAUUGUUUCUUGGAGUACCUUUAAGUAUAAAGAGGGAAAUAUUGUUCAAAUGUAUGCUUGGUGUCCUUACAACUUUCUACUUUAUAGGAGUUUGGUCCACUCUUCCACAAAAUGAGGCCAAUCUAAACAGGGCUUUUAGAGAGGCACGGAAUGUAAUUCUGGUGUUCUCUGUCAAAGAAAGUGGAAAAUUUGCUGGUUUAGCUAGAUUGCGAACAGAGUCUAGGCAUGACGGUCAAGAAAUUUCAUGGGUGCUACCUCCUGGGUUAUCAGCAAAAGCAUUGGGAGGUGUUUUUAAGGUUGACUGGAUUUGUCGCAAGGAGCUUCCCUUUUCCAAUACAAUGCACCUCUAUAAUCCAUGGAAUGAUGGUAAACCAGUGAAAAUAGGAAGAGAUGGUCAGGAAAUUGAACCAAGAGUUGCAGAAGAACUGUGUAGACUGUUCCCAGAAGAUGACGGAAUUGAUUUAACUCCUAUACUAAGAUUGUCUAAAGAGGCUUCUAAGAAAACAGAAAUCCGUGUUAGCAGAGAUGGCUCCAGGCAUCCCAAAUCGAGAAUGCCCAUUUCUGCGAGAGUCCCAUCAUUUGCAUAUCGCGCAAUUAGAGGUUCGUCUAGGAGAAAGUAUUACCUGCAGACUAGAGGUUUAACUACGAGUUCCUACAGAAGGUCUCCAUCUCCAAGGGGAAGAGACAGGUAUCCUCUGUAUUACAACGAUCGUGACCCCAGUGGUCGUCCGUAUUCUACAGCUGCUGCAGCCGCUGAAGCAUAUGUUGCAGAUUAUAUGCGUACUAUGCAACAUCAGCUACCGCCACUACCUUAUGUUCCACCAGCAGCUCUACCAGACAUAACACAAGGGUUAUUUGGGCCAUCUGGCUACGACUUGGCGCCUCCAAGGUACUAUGAUGGACCUCCAAUACCCCCUGAGUACAUUUCUUCAAGGAGCACUUCCUACAGCACUGAUAAACGGUAUGACAGGUCGGUGGAUGAGUUCCUGUGGAGAACAAGAGAUCGUUCCAGAGGCAGAAGUAGGGAGAGAGACAGGGAUAGAGAUCGUGAUCGCGACCGAGAGAGAGAAAGGGAUCGAGAAAGGAGACAUAGAUAUAGAGAAAGGCGAUGAAAUAAUCACAGAAAAUAAUUUCAGUAUGCAUCACUGUCUGAGAACACUCAAAACCACGAUCGCUGGAUAUGAUUGAAACAAAGUCUGGUGUUUUUGACGAAGAUUUAUAAGAAAUCUUCUGUCAAAAAUGUUUUGUAUCCCUUAUAUUCCAGGCUUUUGAAUGAUCUCUUGCAGUAAUGUAUAUAAGCGUGAAGCAUGUGUAUUUUUUUAUCUACUUUAUUAGUAGUAGUAAUUUAAUUCAAGUGAAAUGUUCAUUACCAUUUCGGUUCCGCAAUAAAACCGCAAUUUAAAUUCAUUAUGUAAUUUUUCAAUAUCUUAUUUAGUGGAUUAAAUGUAAUGAUGAUAA